UAGUAAAUUUCACUUGAAGACUGAAGUGAAGUAAAUUUCACUCAUCACUGUGCAAUAUUUUAUAGUUAUUGAUAAAACAUUUCAGUUUUCAGUUUUUCAAUGUGCUAAGUGAUGAGUUUAAAUCUUAACUCUUUUAAGAAAUAUGAAUAUGUCUCCUUUUUCCUAAAAAAUAAAUAAAUAGUGUGAAUUAAGAGAAAAGUUAAAAAGAAACAGACAAAGGUGAAAAUAUCAAGAAUUUGUUAAAACCUUGGUUAAUUUUGGGAAUUUUCUAUAAAACUGAGUUUUAAACCUAUUGAAAUGGCUGUUAAUAAUAUUUUGACUGGUGAAGACCUAGUAAAAAAAGGAGUAACUAGGUUAGAGGCAAAUUUACCCGAGCUUGGUUUAAAAGAUGUUGUUCCAAAUGGCUCUUGGUUAGAGAGUAAACAGAUUCAAGCCGCUUUGGAAGAGAAAAAACAUCUGAUUGAAGUUGAAAGGAUUGAAAAAAGAGGGUCCUUAAGUCAAGCGGAUUGGCAGGAAGAUCUAAGUCUGGCUGAAGUGACCCAGAAAGUUGGAGGUUACUGGCAAUUUCUUGGACAUAAUGUAGGACCAAUUCUAUAUCUUAAGCCAGAAGAAGCUCUGUUUUUAAUGGAAAUUAAUUGUCUCCUAUUAAAUUAUGGUGGUGUUAAGGUUUCAUUACAACAGGCUUACUCUUUGCUUCUUCGUGGAGAACUAAAUUUACUAAAAUAUAAAGUGUAUGCAUCACUUAGCAGAGUUGGAUACAAAGUGCUUAGACACAAACCAUCUACAGAAGUUGUGACCCAACUGCAUAAAGCAACUGAAGCAGAAAAAUGUACAGUUACAGUAAUGUCUGGAGAUAAUAAUGAAAAAUCUCAGGAAACUAAUACAUUAAGUCAGGAUUUAAGGACAAAGUGUCAUGGAACUUUAGAAGUAAUAGAUUCUGAAACAAAUGUAAAGUCUUUAAAUAAUAACUCUAUUGACCAUGAUGACAAAUUGGAUAGUAAAAUGUCUAAAACAUACAAAAAUGUUAUUGAAACCUAUCAUAAUAAAAUUGAUAAAUUGAAAAGCAGAGUGAUAAAACCUCCCAGAAAUGAACAACUAAAUGAAUUCUUCUCUAACAUACCAGAAUUAUUGGGAAAACAUGUUGUUACCCUAAAAGUACCAGAGGCAAAAUUUUUACCAGAUAAUAUGAAAUUAAAAGAAACAUAUACUAUUAACUUACAAAAUUUUAACAAAAAAUACAUAAAAAGGCGUAAUCGAACCUACAGCCUUGGUGAUGAAGUUAACAAUAGCCAUGUAGGAAGGUUACAAUCGGAUUCAAAUAAUUUCAGGGAUAACAUAAAUACUAAUCAAGCACAAAGUAGUGUUUAUACUCAAACUAGUUCUCAAGGCCAGAAAAGUACUCAAACGGAAAAUAGGCCUCAAAUUCCAAAUCACAAUAAUUAUGUUGAAGAUAGACAUUAUGAACAUUCACAGUAUAUGCCUGUUUUCUAUUCAAGGCCCCAAAAUUUAAACUAUAUAAACUUCAACAUGAUUUUUGACAAUACCCUAAAUCAAGUAUAUUUUCCAUAUCAGUGUUAUGGACCUCGGGUAUGCCCUGGGCCAAGUUUGAAUUUUUACAAUUCCAGGAUGUAUGGAAACAGAAUGCAAAAUUCAACUAUACUAAGAAGCAGAGGAAAUCACCUACAAAGGAUUAAUGAUCUUGCAGGAAGACUGAAAAUUCUUGUGUCGAGAGGAAAUUCUAAUAAAGAUCAUAUUCGUGCCCUGAAGAAUCUUCUUAAAACUUAUAAUUCCAGAUACAAAACAAAAUUGAGACUUAGCUCUGAUUUUGAAAUAUUAACUGAAGCAAGUGUUGUUGCACAGAUUGAUUUAGACCAAGAUGAUGAUGAACCACAAAAUAAAAGACAGAAAACAGAUAACUCUCUUGAAGAAAAUCUCCAAGCUGUUACAGAAAUGGCUUUAGAACUUAAAGAUUUGGAAAUUAAUGGGAAAGCAACUGCCAGUCAUCGAAGAAGCAUUUCAAAGCUUAUAAAAACAUUUAAUGAUUGUUACAAUGUUGAAUAUUAUUUGACCCCAGGAUAUGAAGUUCUAAAUCGAGCAGAUGUUUCUUCUGUUACUAAAUCUGUUAUAAUUGACGAUGAAGAACCUGUAAAUAAAUUAGAAAAACCAAAGAAAAGCAAGAAAUUCAGGAAUCCCUACAAUAUCCUUAAGAGGUUAUCUGAAAAUCAAGGUGCAAGUUCAUCAAAAAGCAAUUUUCCGUCAAUACUUGUAAAAAACACUGAGCCUAAAAAAUGUAGUAAAAUUGAAAGCUGGAUUCCUCGUGAUAAUAAUUUUGUACGAAUUGAGAUACCUAGUGAAAUUAGUGACCCCUUGUUUGAUUCAAGAAAAACGCAAAUGCUCUAUGAAUUUAUAAAAUUUAAACCCAACUUUGUAAAUUGGGGUGAAGCAAAGAUAGCAUUUCUAGAAAGUCUUAUGGAAACAAUUGCAGAGUUUAGCCAACCAUCAAAUCUUCAAAAUGACUUUGAUGAAGAUUGUCUACUCUCACCUGAUUGCGGGAAUGUCAAAGCUGUAAUGGAUAAAUUAAGAAUCAUCAAAACAAAUAAAGAAGCUAGUUCUGAAUGCCGGCUACAUAUAGAUUUUGAUGUUUAUAAUAGAAAUGUAGAGAAUUAUAAAAAAAAGAAUCCUCCCAAACCACAUUUCAGAGUUAUAUGCCUUGACGAAUCUCUUGAAAUACCAUCAGCAUCAGAAAUCGAAGCUCUCCAAUCUCAAUAUGAAGACAACAUACCUAUAGUCUUUGCUUUAGUCAGUAGCAGCUCCAUCUCUUACUUACAAGUAAAAUCAACCGAGACACCAAUUUUUGAGCCUUCUAGUAAUCAGUAAGUGCAUCCCGAAAUCGCAAUCAGCUGGUCUGAAUAUUAGAUAUAACAAGGGUAACAUUUGGAAGUUUAUUUCAUUACUAAAGCUGAAGAACUCUAGUUAAUGCAAUCACUAGAAAGAUAAGUUGAUAAAUAACUGUUUUAAUGUUAUGUUAAAGUGUAUUUUAAGUAAUGUUUGUUGUGUUUAUUCAUAUACAACAUGAUCCUCAGGUAACUAGAAUAUUUUGUCCUUAUUACUCUAGUCAUUAGUAAUAUGGACAACAAAUUUAUCUUUUAAAUCGUCCCAACUUUACUAAAUAUUAUCCCUCGUAUUUAUAAAAACCAAAUCAAUUUCCCGGCAUGCGUUCGUGGUCGCACCACGUGAUUAAAUAAAAUAUAAUAUUAAUAAUUAAUUUCUCUUACAUGGAUUUAGAUUUACGUUUGCGUGUUUUUUUUCACACACAUGAAGUCACAGAUAUAAAGACAAAUAUUAAACCUUUACAUUAUCAAAUGAACUGAAAAUAUAACAUUUUUAUAAUUACCGUACCAACUCUAUGUAUUCUGUGGUUUUAACUAAACCCCUCAUUAGUCGGAAGUCAUUAUUUUGUUUGUGUCUAUGUUAUAUAGACGAAUUAGCAUUUUACUUAACGCUGUGUAAGACUGGUUGUGAUGAAUUGGUUUUUAUGAAGGACUUAGUUUACUUUGAACGAAAACAGGUGUUUUUAAACAAGCUAAGCUUUUUCAUGUUCAUUUAUAUAUACCUGUUUUAAAUGUUAAAUAAGAACUGUUAUUAAUCGUAAUAGAUAUAUAAUAAGGAAUGAGUUAUUGUUUAUUCUUAAA